AUGUGUGGCCUUUUGGGUUUUGUGCUGCUGCUGCUGGCACCACAGGCCCAUGGCUACUCCUACCUGAUGGUGCUCCACACCGCCUCCAAGUCUCACCACACGGUGGGUGCUGCUCUGGCCAAGGGUCUGCUGGCGGCUGGCCAUGGGGUCACACUGAUUUCGGCAUUUCCCCAAACAAAACCACUCGACAAACUGAUCCAUGUGAACACGCCGAAUACAAUCGACGCAAUGGCCAAACACAAAACUCGCAUCCUAGAUAAUGCACAACUGUCUGUGGUUCAAAGAUAUCCACGAAUACAUCGCAUGGGACUGGACCUCGCCGAAGCCCUGCUGGCGGCGUCCACAGUGCAGGAGCUGCUGAAGGAGCAGCGCUCCUACGACGCGGUCAUCGUGGAGGCGUUCAUGAACGAUGCUCAUUAUGGUUUUGCCGAGCACUUUGGCGGCGCACCACUAAUCGCACUGAGCACCCUGGGCGCCACUGGCUGGACAUCGGAUCUGGUGGGCACGCCCUCACCGCCCUCGUAUGUGCCACACAGCUUGCUGCAGUUCAGUGACCGCAUGGACUUCGGGCAGCGCGCACAGAACUUGGGCUUCCACAUCUUUGAGUAUUUCUACCAGCGUUGGUUCCAUCUGCCACGACAGGAGGCGCUCUACCGGCAGUACUUUCCGAAUAACACGCAGGACUUUCAUGAGAUGCGACGCAGCACGUCCUUGGUGCUGCUGAACAAUCACGUGUCCAUCAGCGCAGCGCGUCCGUACGCCCCAAACAUGAUUGAAGUGGGUGGCAUGCACAUCGAUCGUACGAACAGGCAACCCCUGCCGCAGGACAUUGAGGAGUUCAUUCAGGCAUCGCAGCACGGUGUCAUCUACUUCUCCUUGGGCUCCAGUCUGAACAGCAAAGAUCUGCCACGGGGCAAGCGCCGGGCAAUUGUGGAGACACUGCGUGGCCUCAAGCAGCGCGUUUUGUGGAAGUUCGAGGAUGAACAUUUGCCCGACAAGCCCGCCAAUGUUUUCAUCUCGAGUUGGUUUCCACAGGCUGAUAUCCUCGCCCACGACAAGGUGAUUGCUUUCAUCACUCACGGCGGACUGCUGAGCACCACGGAGUCCAUCUACCAUGGCAAGCCCGUGCUGGGAAUUCCCUUCUUUGGCGAUCAGUUCAUGAAUAUGGCCAAUGCGGAGUCAGCCGGCUUUGGCCUCACUUUGGCUUACCACCAACUCACGGCGAACCGCUUCCGCGCGGCCAUUGAGCGAAUUACAAGCGAUUCCAGCUACACGGAACAGGCACUUGCCAUGUCCAGCCGCUUUCGGGAUCAGUUGGUGGCGCCCCUGGAGCGUGCCGUCUUUUGGGUGGAGCAUGUGACACGCCACAAGGGCGCCAGGUAUCUGAGAAGUGCCUGCCAGGAUCUAAGCCUAGUCGAAUAUCACAAUUUAGAUGUUUUGGGUACGCUCUUUGCUGGUUUGGGUGUGGUUAUGGGAUUGUGCUUUGUGCUGUUACGAUUUUUGGUUGUUAAAGUGUGGGAUGGCAGAAGGAAGGACAAAAUGCAUUAG